AAGCCUGGGAGCACAACGGCCUGGGACCAGCAAGCAGGCAUGGCCAUGUAGGGGGCGUCAGCGGCGGGAGGGGUCUGGGGGAGUGGCGGACAUCCGCUCCUGCGGGGCGAAUUCAACAGCGCAGCGGUCGUGCGGGGGGGGCCAGCAGGGCACUGCGCAACGAAACGGUGGAACAGGUGGAGAAGGAGGGCGGAGGGAGGAGGUAGGGAGCGGGAGGGGGAGGAGAAGCAGGGAGCGGGAGGGAGGGGUGGCGAAUUACGACCUAAACGAUGUAGAGCGGCAAAGCUGCUCCACCUUGCUGAGCUACUUCGGCCACUUGCAUGCUUCCAAAAUGAUGAUGUACUCUCGCAUGCGAGGCUCUACCGUAAGUACCUGAACUGGGUCGACCAAGCGAGGAUGGAGGAGAUGACGAGCUCCAACAUACCAGCAGAGCGAGGCUGUCUCACGCAGGGGCGUCCUCUCGGCACCCAUCACGGCACUACCAUCUGCGGCAUGGGCGGCACCUCCCCGCCGUCCAGCCAGACAACCCUUCAGCCCCUCUCAACGACCUCUGGCUGGAGGCACUCCAAGGCGUGCCGCACGACGAUGCACCUCACCUCCCUCGCGCAGGCAACGAAGACCUCAUCGACCUUCUCGUCGCUCGGUUCCAGAUCGGACCCCUCCCCACCUUCACGAUCAGAAGAUCCCAAAAGAGCAGCCGCACAUGGCGACACUUGCCUCGCCAUGGCAGAUAGCCAGAAGAUUAGCUUCUGGCCAAACGCAGGAGUCACCUCCUACCAGACUUGAGCCCAAACAGCU